GGAAAAGCCUAAACCUCGAAAUUGCACUUUCCUUAUGAAGAAAGAGGCAAUGCAAAAACGGAAACCUUAAUACGGUAUAAUCUUUAUCAUAGUGAACGUCGUUGUGGUCCUCCUCAUUUUCAAACAUCAACAGGUGACAAAUACACAAGAAACACAAAUAAACUUGAAUCAAUUUUUCCCAUGUCCUUUUCCAAUCCCGGAGGCGGUGGUGUUCCGCCACUACCUACAGCCGGGACGAGCAUCAAUGGCCGUAUGAUCACUCCUCCAGCGAGCGGUCGAGGACCUCCUUUAGGCGGGCGACCAGGAAGUGCCAGACCGGGAAGUGCUGGGAGCGCAAGCGCAAGUACAGCUAACAAUACUGCGACCAAGAAUGACGCGAUACUGGCUGCGUUGAUGGGAGGUGGGGAUGAUAGCCCUUAUGCAUCGGUGCAGCCGAAAGCGAGUGCUGUGGGAGUAUCAUCUUCAGCGAGUGGUGGUAUGAAACCUCCGACGGUGCCUUCGGCGUCGAGCAGUAUGAUCCUUGGCGGGAUGAACAAUUCGAGUACCGCGCCUGCACCAGGAGGAGCGAUUGCUCCAGUUUCUCAGUCUAGUGGUGCUAUGGGGGUGCUUGGAGGGCAGCCGCUCACUCCCGUUCAACCGACAAUUCCUAGUAUUGCGGUAGGUCAAGGGCAGCCCGUUCCGCCUCCCCUUAAUUUAUCGUUAGGUGGGCCACUGCCUCUACAUCAAGCUGGGUCUUCGAUAGUGAAGAGAAGUGAAGUCGCCGCAGCUCCUGGCCCACAGGCAGGAGCAAUAGCGCCAACUGUGCCACAAGAGGCUAGUGGAGCGACUCAGCCUCCUGCGAACUCUACCACAGCUCAAGCAGUUCCUCCACAACUAGAUCCAAGAAUCCCUCUCUCUGUUCCGUGCUCAGCUCCAACAACGGGAGUCGCAGAACCCGACCUAACCGCAACUAGAGACGCUCUCUCCAAGGUCGUGGACGUGCCACGUGCAAAAUGCAGCUUCGUGUUGGAACCCUUACCAGAAAACGUCCGUAAACUAGCCACCCAUCUUCGACAUGACGAAGUCGCUGAGAAGCUACAGGCAGUUCAGGCUGUGGCGGCUCAGAAAACUAAAGGGUUGAUGCGGUCAAUAGAUUUGCUGAAGAGGGAAAACGUGGAACUGAAGUUAUGUUCUUGAGUGCUGGAAACUACACUUUUAUGAAGUUUGAAUGCCAUUGCCAUCUACUUUUCAAGUUUAGUUGUACAACUCUUCAUGUACUUACUAGUACACGCUUCAUGUUGAUCAUCUUGCUUCUAACACGACGUCGAACAGAGUACAUCCUCUUCUAACUCGGAAGUCUCAACAAGAGCACAAACGAACUGCCGCUUUCCGCAAGAUGGAAGCCGAGCUAGGUAGACAAGACGCUCUGAUCCAAGGCCUACUAGACAAGUUGGAUCCUCAAGGAGCUGUGGUCCCGGAAAUACCUAAGAAUGGGGGUAAAACUAAGAGGCAGGAACUAAUUGAGGAAAUAUUCGACAAAGGCCCUCCUAGAGUGAAGGUGAUGAGCAGACAAGAGCUGUCGUUGGAAGCCGACAAAUUUCGAGAGGCGGCACAACGGGAGAAGCAUGGCAAAAAUGUCGUGGAAGAGAAGUUGAAGAGAGCUGAGGUAUACUAUAAGAAUUUGGUUUGUGUAAAGACAUGGUGCUGGAAAAGAAGCUGGAGAAAGCUGAGGUGAUGAAAGUUAUGAUGUCAAGAAAAGGAGCAACAGAGAGACUAGCUUCAUAUUGUUCGUAUUCUUCAAACAACAAGAGGGGCACUAACACUAAAUGUAGAAGAUUCGAACAUCUUCACUGCUGCAUCAACGUCGACCUCCCCCAAGUCAGAAUCUGCAACCUUCCCCAAGUGUUUACACGAAGGAACUACAGAAGCUUUGUUCAAUCUAUAACAAACAACUAUUGACCACACUCAGGUAGAGGUCCAACGUCAAAAGCAGUUGAGCUCACGGUUGGAGGCACAGAUGCGAGACGUUAUUGAAGACUUGCAGGAUAUCGCGCUCCAAAAAGAAAAGUGGUUUCGAGAGCGACACGCCUUGGAGAAACGCUUGAAACGAGAAUAUUAAGGGUUUCCGAAUUACAUUUCCCAAAAGACAUGCCUUUGAUUACCAUCCUUGGCUCCUUUCCUCCAAGGGGUUGAAAAGGAGCCAAGGAUGUUCUGAAGAAUGCAACUCGGCAACCUCUAAGAAUACGAAGGAACAAUACAAUUGCUGGCUACCGACUGCGAAGCCGGCAAACUCCGUAUCCAAGAACUAGAAGCGGCACUAGAUCAACUCGAAGAACAGAGUCAAGCAUUCAGAGAGCGUGUUGACCAAGCUGCUAAGGAGUCAGCGGACGAAGCGGCUAUGAUGGAAGCUGAAUUAUUGAAGUGUGGUAUUGAAGUACUCCAUUCGAAGGCAAAGCAAGUUGCUGGUACUGUGCUACCUUUGCAUGCAGUUGUUGCGCAUCAUCCUCCUGUCCAUGCUGUGGAAACUCAAACUCCUGUCCAUGCUGCAGUUGUUGCGCAUCAUCCUCCAUUGCAUCAUUCUGUUGUAGCACCCCAGCAUGCACAGGGGCAGCCACAUCAGAUGAUUCAGUAUGUUCGUCAAGAACUACCCGCUGUUGUUGAACAAAAUGUAGUUGUACAACAUCAACCUGUACUAGUGAUGAAGAUGGAAACUCAAACUCCCAGUCACCCUGCUGCUGCUCCUGUACAACAUCAACCUGGUGUUUCUCCCACGACACAAGCACACCCCAGGAUCCAAUUCCGCGUCCUAGGAACGAGACCACUGCAUCUAAGAGGUCCAGAGGCAGAAUCAUCAGGAUCAUCAGGGCCGAUGCAAGUAGAGCAGGGUGGAGAGGAGGAACAACUUCAACUUGCUAGAAGCGCUGAAGCCCUACAAGCAGCAGAAGAAGAAAAACUGGUCUUGGUAGAGAAACAAACGAAUUUAGAGGAGGAAGUUUUACGUUUAAAGCAAAAACUAGAGGAGCAAGAGGUAAAGGCGAAGGAAUUGGAGAAAUCUAGUGAGAGAGAAUCAGCGAAGGUGGCUGCGCGUGAUAUAGUGGCUGCAUUGACGGGAUCGCCCAGUAUGAGUUAUGAUCAGGUGGAUAAGGAUUUAAAGUUGAUAAAACUCAAACUCAAUCUUUAAUCACUUGUGAUCGCUGUCUUUUUAUCGGUUAACAAUAUAGGAUUUAACUCAGGAUUCUACUUCUUCUAACACCAAGCCGCUUUGAAGCUAGACGAGGUGCGACCGCCGUCAGUAGUGGAAGGUCUAGUCGGAGAAAAAAGGUUGGAGGUGGACGAGGCAACGCCAGAACAAAAAGAGGAGCAAAAAGCUGACACGACACCUGUUGCUGCCGUAGAAGAGGAGCAAAAAGCUGACACGACACCUGUUGCUGCCAUAGAGGUUCCACCAGUACCCGUGUCUGAAGAUACUGAACAGGAUAAUAAGGAAGUUCCUGGAGGUCCUGCUGAGGGAGCACAAGAGGGUGUUCAUAGUGCCUCCAGGCAGUACAUCCAGUCGCAAGCACCCUUUGGGAGUGCUGGUCUAGUGUCUUCAGUCGUGUCUUCAGUCGAAGAGGUCAGUACACAAGAUAAAGUAAUCGUUGCAGAAGGAGAAGCUCAACUUUCUCCCCCUGAACCACAACAACAAUCUGCUUUGAAGGUGGAGAAUACCACGACUGGGGAUGUGCAGGAGGGUCGUGUCAGUCUUGCUCCUGAGGGAUCAGAGAAUCCGACAAAUACCGCAGCAGCCCUCGCAGUAGUGGAAACACAGCAACCAACUAAAAUAUCUUCUGCCAGGGAUACCUCGAAAGAAUCGACAUCCUCAAAGCAGGCACUAAGUCCCUCUAGUUCCAAAUUUGUCCAGACGAAACUGAUCCAACCAGAUGACUCGGUCUUGCAAGAACUGCAAACGAGUCAGGAACAAGCGAUAGAGCAGCACGAACUUGCGAUUUUGCGUAGGGAGAAAGAUUAUGGAGGGAAGGAGUUUUCGAGAUGCUACAACAGAGAUAUGUUCUUUCAUGUUGAGUCUUGAUGUGCUCACUUGUAGUUGUACAAAGUAGAAAGGUCGUUCUUUUGACAGACAAGAUAACAGAGUCGAUACUUCUUGCAAACCGUGAAGAUGUUCCUUUUAUACUGGAACACCUAGUAUCGCAGUUUUUGAUUGCCUUAAAUUAUAUCAUGUAAAGAACUAUUAUAAGUUCACAAUCAAUGUAAGUAAAAAUACAGUAGACUGUAGUCUGUAGUACAGCUUCGAAUCUGCACGCCGCAGUAAGGAGAACGAACUUCUGCGCCGCCAAAAUCGCGAGAUGCGAUUGCAGAAGGAGGAAUACAAGGAGCAAACCGAAAAACUGCGACAGGAGGUCGAGCGGUUGAGAACCGAACGCGACCAACAGGAGGAUGAACUCGAGAAACUCUUCAAGGAACGCGAUGAAGACGAAAAGGAACUAAAUACUCUCGACGCUCGCCUCUUCGGCACCGAUAAGAAGAGCAAGGACUUGGAGAAGAAGAAGGAAAUCUUGUUAAGGCUAGUACCGCUGAAGCAAAAGCAUCCUCAGCGAACCAUCCGUGGCCUCUUUUUCAAGGAGAAAAAAGACCGAAGAGAAAUGCAAAAAAGGACACAUAUAAUUAUAAAAAACAAAGUGCAUACCCGUCCAAGGACUGGGUAUAUCAUCAUCAUCAUCACCCGAAGGGUGGGCUGAGGGAUGCGACGCGGUAGCUCUAAUCUUGGAACAGGAUUUGGAGGAAGCGGAGGAGGAUUUAGACCAGCUGGAAGACCGCUUAGCGGAUGCGAACAGUCGUAUCCAAGAACUAGCUGCUUUAAUCCGCCACGCGCACACGCAGCACCAUUGGUUUGGGUCUGGUGGUGCGGACAAAGAGAUCCUAGCAACAGUGGAUUCAAUAGUACAUAGGCCGUUGGCGGUGCAACAACAUCCUGGUGUGGUAGGAGCAGGUGGUGUUGCUGCAGUAGGAACAACGCAAGCUGGAACACUAGGUGGAAGCGCAGACAUUAUGGACCAAACUGCCAAUUUCCUACAAUCUGUUGAAGCCCACGGUCAUCGUGCGCACCAUCAUCAACAUCAAAUAGAGCAACAGCAGCAGCAGUUGGUGGGAGCUCCUAGUGGUGCUGUAACUGACGCACAAACUACUUCUCAAGUGGCAUAUGUGCAAGCAGCUGGGGAUAGCCCAGUGACUGGAGAUCUACAACAGAAAGAAAUUUUUUUGAAACAGAGUUUGGCUCAUCACCAACAACACAUUGCGGAGGAUGGAACCGCCCAACAUCCUGCGGGAGGAGGUCACAUGCCACACAUGCCGCACAUGCCGCAUAUGCCGCACAUGCCGCACAUGCCGCAUAUGCCGCAUAUGCCGCAUAUGCCACAUAUGCCGCAUAUGCCGCAUAUGCCACAUGUGCCACAUGUGCAUAUGCCUCACAUGUUUGGUCACCAUGAACAAGGGUCUGUAGGUGGACAAGGGUCUGUGGGUGAACAAGGGUCUGUAGGAUCAGAUGAACGGCAACAUGCUAAUGCGAUAGAAAGCCAACAAAAGCAAAAUGUGCAGCAGAGUAGAACAGGUUCGGUGGAAAGGGAACAACAGCAGCAUGUGGUGAACAGCAGUAGUAACCCGGAACAACAUCUACCAGUACCAGAAGGAUCGUUGGCAGUAGCGCAAGAUAACCCUGUCCAGAGACCAGGUGCGGGAGUGAUCCCUUCUAACCAAACCACAAAUAUUGCUCCUCCAGCGGUAGCAAGCAAUCCUGUAGGCGCUCCCGCAGAGGGGAUUCAUAACGCCGAUAUACCCGAAAGUAGUGGGAGCGAAUACGUCGGUGGUCAGAAUUGAUGAUAGAUAAAGUCUUGAAACUUGUGAGUGCAGAUUCCUAGGUAUGAAAAUCAGUCUUUUUUUGACUACUAAGUGCUUUGAUUGAUGUCAUCUUUUCUACGUUGAUCCUAUUCGAAUUCGUUGUACACUAAACAUUCAAAUCUGGAAAUACAACCAAUAAACACUGUCUAUAAAAAGCUUGUUGAUAGAUUCUCAUGGAGGCAGAUCGAAUUACGCUCUUCUGGAAUUCGACCUUCGAAUGAUUCAUUUUUGAUUGGAUUUCCUUUGUGGUCCAAGAUGGUGAGGUUUUAUGAGUAAUCGCCUAUAGCUAUAGUCCGCUUCAAAAAAUCGAAUCCGUC